UUGCCGGUCGCUGCAGGGCAACACCCCGGCGUCCCUGGAAGCGGGGGCCGGGGUGGUGCUGGGUAGGCGGCGCCGGGCCAUCGUCCCGGGAACCCCGGGGUGGGGACAGGUGAGACCUCGGAACCCGCCUUGGUGGCGUGGCGGGCAUGGAGUUUGCAGGGAGCUGAGGUGCUGCGAGGUGUUGCUGCGAGGGAACUGAGGGUUUCUGGGAUCUAGAUAGUUCUGCCAGCCUGAAUCAUGGCUAGACGACCCAUCCUCUUAGGUGACCAGCUGGUUCUGGAGGAAGAUUCUGAUGAGACCUACAUUCCCAGUGAGCAAGAAAUCCUUGACUUUGCCAGAGUGAUUGGCAUUGACCCCAUCAAGGAACCAGAGCUGAUGUGGCUGGCGAGGGAGGGUAUUGAGGCUCCAUUACCCAAGGGCUGGAAACCAUGCCAGAACAUCACAGGUGACCUUUACUAUUUCAACUUUGACACUGGGCAGUCCAUUUGGGACCAUCCAUGUGAUGAGCAUUAUCGGAAGCUGGUAAUCCAAGAGCGGGAGAAGUGGUUGGCUCCCGGGGCCGUUAAGAAGAAAGACAAGAGAAAGAAAAAGGAAAAGAAAAACAAGAAGGACAAAGAGACCUCCAAAAGUCCUCUGGAAACACAGCCUGAGCAGGGAUUUCCGCCUUCUUCCUCCUUUCUCCGAGGCCUGUCCCCUCUCCCAGCACCUGGGCUUGCUGAUCUGGACCUAGACCAAGAGGUGCAGGCUAGAAGUGAGGCCUCCUUUAAGAAAGGGAGGAGCGUGUGCAUGGUGGGUGACACUCCGUGGCCUCCCGUGGGUGCCCUUCCUGGCAAGCUGCAGCCACUCUCCAAAGGCCAAGCUCCUCGGACCCACCAGAUCUUUGCUGAUGUGGAGAAAAUCUUAGGCAGGCCUCCGGUCCAAUGCAAGACAGACUUAGGAGACCCUCAGAGUCUGGAGUCAGCCCAGAAAGCAACAGAGAAGUUCUACCUGGGAUUUUCAGACCCUGAAAUAGAAAAGCUGGACUUGAGGAUCAGGCAGCAGAAACCUGGUCCCGGGGGUGCUCAUACCACCGAACCACUCCAGAAUGGGCAGGAGGUGUUAGAAUACAGAGUCCAGACUCCUGUCCACUCUAAGCUUUCCGAAACCUCCAAAGGCCUGCAGCUGAAAGGGGAGCAUCACAGUCACAGCAUAGCCACUCUGAGCUGCACUGGCCCUGGAGGGGACAAAGGUCAGAGCCCCAUUCCCUUGCGAUCCUCUGAGGAGGAGCCCUCCCUGUCCCUUUGCUCAUCUGACCACACGCUGCCCGCCAGGAAGGGCAAGCUGUUUUUACUAGAGAACAGCCCAGCAGAGGACUUGAGCUGGCAUGGAGUUCCUAGGGAAGGUGGGGACCUGGGCAGGGGGAGGUGGAGGAGAGAGCCUCCAGAACUAUGGAUGGGGCAGGUCUCUAAGCUCGUCAACAAGGACACCACAGAGAGCUGCAAGGAAAUGGAGCCUGCUACUUCCAAGGUUCCAGAGGCCUCAGCUGAAGAUUCACCACAGGGUCCCUCCCUGAUGCCGCCCGAUACAUUGGCAUCAGAAGCAGUUUCCGAGCCCCCUCCAGGGGACCCUGCCAGUAAAGGGAGGCACCAUCCGUCUGUGUCUCCAGAGUUUCCCAACGAAGACAGGAAGCCUACUGUGCCAGGGACUGACUCGAACAGCAGUAGUAGAGGGGGCAGCAGCCCGGCCUCGCCUCUUGGCUCACAGGUCCUAGGUGAGGUAAACAACUUCCCCUGGGACCUGCAGAGUCCCCAGGGGUGUGUUCCUGUCAUGGGUCAGUCGGGCUCAGAGCCUAGAGAUGUGCGUUUCUGCCCUUUCCUGGUGCCUCAGUUGUCCCAUGUGCAGAGCUCUGCUGAGGAGCAGUCAGAGAGUGAGGACUACUCUGAGGAUCAGAGGUUCUACCAGCACAUCCUGCAGAUGGUCAAGAUCUCCAGGCGGCCGGAGGGCCUGGAGCUGCCUGAGAACAUGCAGGAAAUGCCGUGCAAAGACGUCACCGGCAUGGUCUGUUGCAUGGCCACCGAGUCUUCCAGGAUGUCUAGUGAGGGUGAUCACAAGGCCAUCAAAGCUCAGGAGAGGGACUUGGGCUUACUGGCUUGGGGGCCAGAGCUGCUGGAACAUUCUCCAGAAGUGGUCUCUGCCUCUGCCGGGCAGGAGGCCUCUCAGCCAGCACAGUGCCAGCCAAGCAGUGGCCUCAGGCAGGUCCAGCCGAGUUCCGACACCAGGCUUGCUGCAGAGCUGAGCAAGAUGCAGAUUCUCAACCAGGUCCUGGGUUCCCCCUUAGCCCCAGUCCAAGCCCCUCUUUGGAACCUGGCUCCCUUACGAGGCCUUGGGGAUGCCCCACCCUCUGCUCUUCGUGGAUCUCAGAGUAUGAGCCUGGGGAGCUCGGCAGAUUCUGGGCAGAUCGGGGAACCCACACUGCCUCCACAGGGUCUCAAGACUGCUGCUUGUGCAAAGGGUUUCUUGGGUUCUGCCCACGAGGGCAGGCGAGCUCUCAGUCUCUUGGCUUUAGGGGAAGAAACCAAUGAGGAGGACGAGGAGGAGAGUGACAACCAGAGUGUCAGAAACUCCAAUGAACUUCUCAAGAACCUGCAUCUGGACCUCGGUGCCCUGGGAGGUGACUUUGAGUAUGAGGAGUCUCCAAGAUCCAGCCAGCCAGUAGACAAGAAGGAUGCUUCUCUCGACUCAGAUGCCGAUCGGCCCCCGACUCCUGGCAAGCUGUUCAGCCAGGGUGGUGACUGUAGUCUGGCCAGUGCUGAUGGCAGCAGAUCCCAGGGAAGAGGGGCAAGUUCCUGGGACCCCCAGAAAGAAAAUGAGAACAUCAGUCUCAAGGCUCCCACGAGUGAGGUGGCUCCUGCGUUGGACUCUGGGGAUGAUCACUCUGCCAAGGCCUCUCAAAAGGAGCAGGCAGAGGAUGCAGUGGAGGCAGGAGAGGAAAGUGCAGCCAAGGAGUCCAAGGAAGCUUCUGCCCUGGAGGAGAGCACAUCAGACGCCAGUCAGGAGUCAGAAAUCCUUGAACACUUGAAGGAGCCACAGUUCUCAGAAUCUGAAGCUUCUGUCCGCAAGCCUUUCCUUGGCCUGGACUUUGGAUUUCGCAGCCGGAUCUCAGAGCACCUGCUGGAAGGUGACAUGCUUUCUCCAGUCUUGGAUGGAGCCCACUGGGGGGCCCAGGAAGACCAGGAUGACAGCCAGUCCAGCAGAGCUGAGCCACAGAGCAAGCGUUCCCAAGUCUCUGAGAGGGAGCGGCUCCAGAGUACUCUUCACAGUCAGGCCCCCGAGAAAGGGCCUCUGCAGCCCCCGGCAGGGCAGCCUGAGUGGAAGGAUGCAGAGGAGCCUGGGAAGGACUCUAUAGCCAGCACUACCCCAAUGGUCUCCCUCCAGAGGGAGCAGGUCCCGAGCCCACCUGCUCUCCCUGAGAGGGCUGAGGAAAAGCACUCCCAGGCCGAAGAGCUGGGCCUGGGGCCGCGAGAGGCUGAGGAGCCUGAGGAGACGGUGGCAGUCAGCCCCACCUCACCUGUCUCUCCAGAGCUGCAAACCACAGAGGCUACAGCUCCCCAAAAGCAGUUCUCAGAGGCUAUACUGAAGGCCAUGGAAGAGGCAGUGAACCAGGAACUGGAGGGAGACCAGAGACGGCUGCUGGAGUUGCAGAAAGAGAGGCAGAAGCAGCUGGAAGAGAGGCUGUGGAGAGAGGAGGAGGAGGAGGUGCAACAGCUUUUCCAGCAGAAGGAGAAAUCCCUCAGCCUCCUAAAGGCAGAACUGCAGAAAGCUGCUGAGGAGGAAGAGGAGGAAGAGGAGACUCGGAUAAGAGAGGAAGAAAGCCAGCGGCUGGCCCGCUUCCGGGCCCAGGUGCAGUCCAGUACAGAAACAUUUGAGAACCAAAUUAGAGCCGAGCAAGAGGCUGCCCUGCAGAGGCUUCGAGAAGAAGCAGAGACCCUCCAGAAGGCCGAAAGAGCCAGUUUGGAACAGAAAAGCCGGAGGGUGCUGGAACAGAUAAGGGAGCAGCUGGGGGCCGAGGAGAGGAGUGCCCAGGCUGCCUUGAGGGCCGAGAAGGAGGCUGAGAAGGAGGUGGCCUUGCGGCAGCUGAGGGAGCAGCUGGAAGGGGAGAGGAGAGAGGCAGUGGCAGGCCUCGAGAAGGAGCACAGUGCUGAGCUGGAGCGGCUCUGUUCCUCACUGGAGGCCAAGCACCGGGAGGUGGUCUCCAGCCUCCAGAAGAAGAUAGAAGCAGCUCAUCAGAAAGAGGAGGCCCAGCUGCAGGAGAGCCUUGGUUGGGCAGAGCAGAGAGCCCAUCAGAAGGUUCACCAGGUGAUUGAGUAUGAGCAAGAGCUCAGCAGCCUCCUUCGAGACAAGCGCCAGGAGGUAGAGAGAGAUCAUGAGAGGAAGAUGGACAAGAUGAAGGAGGAGCACCGGCAAGUGAUGGCUGAAGCCAGAGAGCGAUAUGAAGCCGAGGAAAGAAAGCAGCGGGCUGACCUCCUGGGGCACUUGACUGGAGAGCUGGAGCGCCUGCGAAGGGCCCAUGAGCGAGAGUUAGAGAACGUGAGGCAGGAGCAGGAUCAGCAGCUUGAGGACCUAAGGCGUCGGCACCGGGAUCAAGAGAGAAAAUUACAAGACUUAGAGAUGGAACUUACAACCAGAACCAAAGAUGUUAAGGCGAGACUGGCUCAGCUGGAUGUCCAGGAGGAGACCAUGCAGAAAGAGAAGCAGCUGCUCCUGGGCGCGCAGAGGCAGGCUGCUCUGGAGAAAGAGGAAGCCACUGCCACCCAUCAGCACCUGGAAGAAGCAAAGAGAGAGCACACCCACCUGGUGGAGUCAAAGCGGCAACUGCGGAGAGUCAUCGAUGACCUGCGCGCCCGGCGGGUGGAACUGGAGUCCCAGGUGGAUCUGCUACAGGCACAAAGUCAGAGACUGCAGAAGCACGUGAGUAGCCUAGAGGCUGAAGUACAAAGGAAGCAAGACAUGUUGAAAGAGCUGGCAGCUGAGAAUAACGCAUCCCAACAUUUGGAGCCAGAUCUCCAUAUUGAAGACCUAAGGAAAUCACUUGGCACAAGUGAGACCCAAGAGGUGUCCUCUUCUCUCUCCCAGAGCAAGGAGGAGAUGGGCCUAUGCAUGGACAGUGUCCAGCACUUCCUCUCUGCUGAGGGUGUAGCUGUCCGGAGUGCGAAGGAGUUCCUGGUGCGCCAGACACGUUCCAUGCGGAGGCGACAGACGGCAUUGAAAGCUGCCCAGCAGCAUUGGCUCCAUGAGCUGGCUAGUGCCCAGGAGGUGGAUGAAGACCUCCCAGGCACCAAGAUCCUUGAAAACGUGCACAAGAGCUUGGAUCAGGAGACCAGACACCGGGAUGAGAUGAAGUCAGCCAUGCGGAAAGGCCUGAAGAAGAAAGAAGAGAAGCUGAACCAACUGGAAUCUUCUCUACAGGAAGAGGUCUCUGAUGAGGACACUCUGAAAGGAUCCUCCACCAAGAAGGUGACCUUUGAUCUCAGUGACAUGGAAGACUUGAGCAGCGAGAGUUCUGAGUCCUGCCCGCUGCCUCACAUCACCCCAACCCCAAGUUCUGCUGAUCCGAACAAGAUCCAUUACCUGAGCAGUUCCCUUCAUCGGAUCAGCAGUGAGCUGAACGGUGUGCUGAACGUGCUGGGCAGCCUCAACUCCCAGAUCCCACCACAGGCCCUCAGCAGCCAGCCCCCGCCACCACUCCUCACCUCCUCACUCCGGUCCUCCAAGAACGUCCCUGCCCCUGCCUACUCCCUCCUGACCAAGCCCUCAACCUCACCGUCUGCCACACCCACGUCCUCUCAGUGGGCCUGGGACCCGGGACAGGGCACCAAGCUCUCCUCUUGCUCGCAAACUGUGGAUGAUUUCCUGCUGGAGAAGUGGCGCAAGUACUUUCCCUCUGGCGUCCCAUUGCUCAGUGGCUGCCCUCCCCCACUGGAGAACAAGCUGGGCUAUGUGUCUGUAAGUGAGCAGCUCAACCUCCUGCAGCACUCCCAUUCUCGAGCCCCCAAGAUGGACAGUGUCAGCAUUCAGAGCAUGAUAGAAUCUAACAAGAAGUGGCUAGAUCAUUUCAGGAAUGACCCCAAGGUACAGCUCUUCUCCUCGGUGCCCAAACCAACAACCACUUCGAGCUUACUACAGCUGGGCCUGGAUGAGCACAACAGACUGAAUGUGUUUCACUAUUGAACUCUGGGGGGCCAGGGCAGUGGCCUCUUCCUCUAUACCAAGUGCCUGAGGGGCUGCCCACACUUUAUUUCCCUCUGAUCAAGCAUGUCCUCCACUGUGUGCUCCACCCAGGACUUGGAGGAACCACCGGGUAGGUAGGUGGAAAGCGCGGCAUGACUGUAAACGACUACACACUUCGCCCAUGGACUGUCCCGAGCAGAAAUAUGCGAACAUGUACAAACUUCUGCAUCCAAGUGGCUGUGGAGGACGUCAGGGAUGUGGCUACCUGAAGUUAAAGCAGCUGCCUUGGGAGGCCUAGGAAGUCUCCCUGGAGGUUGGAUUCCUGGCUGUCAAGCCCUGUCAAGGGCUCUCGUGGAGGUGGAGAGUGCGGUCCUUUGUUCAGGACAGCCCCGUAGCAUGGCUAUGCCCUGGAACUUGGCAGUGCUGGGCCUAUAGCUGUCUUUCUGAUACCUCAGCCCUGUAAGGACCGCAUCCAUUCCUCUCUUUGUGUGUUCUUUUCUGUUUUAACGUCUUCUUUUGACUAUCUCAGGGUUAGGCUCAGCUGCCUGAGUCCUGCUGGAGCUGUUAGAGGUCCCAGAUGUUCUGCCUCUUCCCCUUGCCAGCCCUGAGCUCUCCUCAGGGCGAGCAGCCUUUCCUCCCUUAGGUUGCCCUCUGGAGCUCUCCCUUGCUCUCAGGUCUCACCUGUCUCAGGAAGCCAAAAAGAAAGCCAUUGAGAAAGACGGAGUUGGCUUCUGCUCCGUCUUGAUGUUUCUCUUCCUACAACAUCCCUCGUGUAUCUGUGAGCCCUGUCUCCACCUGUUCUACUGAGCCACCCCAGUCCAACUCUCAACUCCUCCCAGAACUAGGUGGGAGGGCUGACUAGUACCUGGGACUGGCAGGGACUGUCUUGGCAGGUUGCUGCUUCUGGCACAGCCUCUACAGCCCCAUGUCCCCCAGCGGGCUCUGCAGGAGAUGUACUCAGCAUCUGUCUCAUUGUUUAAAUAAAACACCCUCAUUUUUCUUGUCUCGAGAAGCUGCGGGCUGCCUUUACCCCUGCAACCCACAGAAGCCCACUCUCAUGCUUUACCGCCCAUCUCUUGGCCAUGGAAUAAGACACUAAGAACCAGCUGGCUUUUUUACCCUCUUAGAUAUUUUUUAGUUAUCAGCCGACCACACACAGAAAAAGUCCAUUUUGUUACUUGAUCCACUCUAUGUGCCUUGAGAACAGCUCGUGUGAUACGACCAACUCUGGUGACAAUCCUGUGUUUUUUUGCAUCUAUUAAAUCUCAGCAAGUCUGUUUUCUA